UUAUACGAUAAACUUAUUCAUGACUCGAACAAGUACGGAAUAAUAAGUGAGCACUUGAUCUAUACAUUGGACCCAAAAAACAGUUUUAUUAGAUCAUUAAAAAUAAAAGUGCACUUGUCCAAGAAAAUAAAAAUAAUAAAAUGUGAUUUCCUUUUUUUUUUACUAAUAUAAAAGUAAACAACUAAAAAUAUUGGUCAAAAUCCAAAAUCAUUGCACUUGUUUAAUAAUCUUGAAUAUCUUAUGGUAUUUCUCCUGUUCUAAAACUCGGCCGUCCAGCCGAUUUAGCGGCCGAGAAAUUGCUAUAGGUUGAGAAACCGUGGUGAAUUGGAACUAUGCGCUCAGAAAAUUAGGUUUAGAAAAAAAAACUACAUUUUUACUUAUUUGAACCUGUAGAUCUAGUAAUCUCCUUUAUGUUUGUGAAGUUUUGGCAAAAACAAAAGAAAACAAAGAAAAUUGCUAUAAAACGCGUCAAAAUCUGAUAGCAGUCGCGUUUUUAGAGUUGCAGAACCAGAAACCUAAGAGGAAGAUCAUACGUAAAUGACGGUUUUACCCUUCAUUAAAAAAAACCUAAAAAUCACUUAUAAUGCACUCAUUGGUACUUGAAGUCGGAUUGCUUAGUUAAGGUAAAGAUACUUUACCACUGCACCUCACUAUCAUUACAUGUUAAAAAUAUAUGAUAUAUAACCUAAAACAAAUCGCCGAGUAAUUCUCGAUUAAUCCUACUGAGUUUCCGAACAGGGGUAUUUCUACAUAUAACUAUUACUAUUCAAGAAAAAUGAAUCUGGACAGCAGAAGAAACCUAACAAAACUCCAAACUAUAAGAUGUCAUGUUUAAAAUAUAACUUUCUAUCUCUUCUCACUCCUAUACCAUUCAGAGAGAGAAAUUUUCAUUUUGGUGAGUUAGAGUUCUUCUGAAUUUUAACCAGGUGUGUGAUCAUGUGAUUUGACGUAUUAUUUGUGUAAUUAGCAAUUAUUUUUACUCUUUUUAAAGCUCAUGAAUUGCAUUAAUAUCAAAUUGGACUACCAUUUGUUAGUACACUAAGAAUCCUCGCCCCAAACCCAAAUUAGAAAGUCAUUCUUAACUUUAAUCCAAACCGGUUAUCUAAAAUGAGACUUGCAUUUAUGAUUAAUUAUUUUAUAAUAAUAGAAUUACUAUUUUUUGAGAAAUAAUAUAUAGAAUUGCUUAUAAUCUCAAAUAUCUCUAAACCAUGAUAUAGACUUCGCUACUCAAAGAAAAUACUAGAGGCAAGUCAGAUAAAGAGAACAAGAAAAAAAUAAUCCGAUGAAAUUUUUUAAUAUAAUAAACUAUACAAAAACUAAGAAAAUGGGAAUUUUUUUAUCACAUAAACAAACAAAAAAAUGAAAUUUAUAUUGAAGACGAUCAUUGUUUAUCUGUUACGUUUAUACAGAAAAGGAAAGAAAGUACAAAAACUAAACAUCAUUAAAAAUAUCCAAAUAUUCAACAAUUUCCCUUUUUUAUUGAGAUUGUGUAUAGUUGAUUAUCUUAAUUUUUCCUUAUCUUGGAAUCCUCGGUUUCUAUAUAAACACAUGUAUAGGGGAACUAGAUUUUUCACAAAACAAACUCAAUCACUUCUCCAUAAGAUAUCUACCAAACUUUUCUCUCGACUCUAAAAAUCAAGAAUCAAACAACGAUCAAUUAUGGCUUGGAUCAAUAGCAAACUUUUCUUCACUUCUCUUAUGAUUCUUGUGGCACUUAUGGGGGUUGGAGUAGGAGGAACGGUUCACAAAGUCGGCGACUCGAGCGGAUGGACCAUGAUGGGUGUGGAUUACCAAGCUUGGGCUUCUUCAAGAACUUUUCAAGUAGGAGACUCACUGGUCUUCGAAUACAACAACGAGUUCCACGACGUCACUGAAGUCACUCCCCAUGAUUUCGAGCUAUGCUACUCGUCUAAUCCGUUGGCGAGGUACCAAACUGGAUCAGACACGGUAACUCUAACCAAACCAGGAUUUCAACACUUCAUAUGCGGAGUUCCUGGUCACUGCGACAUAGGACAAAAGCUUGGCAUCCUCGUCUUCCCGGUCUCGUUGGGUCCAGUGGCUGCUCCAGUUCCGGGACCAGUCAGAUCACCAAGCUCUUUUAUGUCUCCUUCACCUUCUCCCUUGGCUACUUCACCAACCAAUGCUCCACAAUAUCAGAUGGGACCAUCACCUCUUUGAAGCACUGUUUCUUUUUCAGCUUGUUGGCUUUGAUCUUUUGUUAUAGCAAUCUUGAUGAUACCUUUAAUUUAUUGUAAUGAAUUUGGUUUGCUUUCUUGUAACUCCUUUUCUUCCAACCGAUUUGUUAAUACAGCUCGAUUUUUUAAAAAGAACAUAAGAGUUACGUAUGAAUCACCAUAUAUUACAAGGUAGCGCUUUUGUUUUUUCAAAUAUUGUUAAAGAAAAGAAAACCUAAGAAAUACUAUUAUAUAAAAAGUAUCAGGAUAAAUUGUUUUGGUUCAUCAAAUUUAUAAAAGUGGUGUGUUGUCAUUUAAAUUACAUAUUUAUACGAUAAACUUAUUCAUGACUCGAACAAGUACUGAAUAAUAAGUGAGCACUUGAUCUAUAUAUUGGACCCAAAA